AUGGUUGAUUGGGCUUCACAAGAUCGUAUAUUUCCACCUGGUUAUUCACAAGUUGAUAUUCGUUUUCGACGAGGUAGCAUAGAUUCAUCAUUACCAUAUUCAGUUGCAACAAAUAAAAGACAUAAUUGUGGUUUACAAUUCAAAAAUGUCAAUGAUAAAAGUGCUUCAAUUGAAAAUCUUCAUCAUAGUCUUCAUCAAGCUAUUCAUUUUCAAAAUGAUAUUUCUGAUAAUAAAACUAAGAAAAAGAAUCAAAAAUUACUUGCAACCUAUGCAUAUAAUAUCAAUUGGCCACGUUCAAUUUGUUGUUUAAAUGGAAAUGAUGGUUCAAUAAUUGUAUGUGAACAAGAACGAUGUCGUUUAAUUCUUUUUACAUCUCAAUUAAUGUUUCGUUCAACAUGUGGUGGAAUACGUGGAAAUGGUCUCUAUCAAUUCGAUUCACCAUCAAAUGUUGUUGAAUUAAUCGAAGAUUCAUCAUCAUAUAUUCUUGUAGCUGAUACAAAUAAUCGACGUUUACAAUGUUUUUUUAUUGGUUAUCGUGGUGAAUUUAUACAUAAAUAUAAUAUAAUAACAAAAGAAAAACCUUAUUUUAUUGGAACAAAUAAACAAUUUAUUGCUGUAUCAUGUGAAAAAGGUUUUAUUAAUUGUUAUUUAACAAAAGAAAAUGAUCAAAUAGCUGAAAUUAAUCUGAAUAAAUUAUUAUCAAUAAAAAAAACAAUUUCAAUUCCAUUUUGUUUAUGUAUGGAUCCAAAUGAUAAUUCACUUUUUAUUAGUAAUCCUAUUGCAUCAAAAAAUUGUAUUUAUCAAUUAAGUAUACUUGGUAAACAUCUUCGUACAAUCAAACUUGAUAAUCAACCAUUUCUUCAUAUAAAUUAUCUUACAUUUGAUAUUCGUAAUCGACAAUUUCUUAUUAUUGAUACAAUAAAUUCAAUAAUUUAUUCAGUUAAACCUGAUUUAAAAAAUAAUAAUGUAGAAAUUUUAUUAAAACCUUCCGACAAUGUUAAUUAUCCUCAAGCAUUAUGUAUUAGCAAUGAAGGUCAUUUAGUUAUUGUUGAAUGUAGUGUAUUAACACAACAUACUCUUAAACUUUUUCGAUAUAUUAAAUGUAAAUGUCAUUCACGUGCAGUAACACCUAGUGUUAAAACUAGUGAAACAACAAGUAUUCGAUCUAUUAUUUUACCUUAA